AUGGCCAAUGAACAACUACCCACCAAUACCAUAACACCACCGCCCCUCGCUACCGGUGCAUCCCUCCCAUUAACAUCAACAACCUCAACAUCAGCAGUAGAAACAUACUUCCAGACCUUCCGUUCAGAACGUGAGAAGAAAGGCAACAUUCGGAUCCCAGUGGUCCAACACCCGACCCUGAGAGACCUCUACGUGAUCUGGACUGACAUUACUGACUGUUUCCCAGGGGCGACGAGGGUCCAGUUUGACAAUGUGUUUGUUCCUAUGUUGAGGGAUAAGCGGUGCUACCGCGUGAAGCCGCACGGAAUUCGGUAUCACCCCGGGAUUGUACUGGAUGUUGUCUAUGGAGACAAUUCAUACAGGAGGACCAUCAAAAACAGUGACCACACUACCCCCUUGAUCAACAACUACAGCACUUCAGCUCCUACAGGUUACACGAUCAACGGCACUGGAACACCAACGACUGUUAUACUUGCGCCAGCAGUACCAACACCCAAAGGUCGCGAUUCUGCAUUGGGAUUGGUGAACGGGAAGGCCGCUCUGGGCCAGGCUGUGAGUCAGGAUGCAGCUACGCCUAACGAGGGGUCCUUGCUGGAGGAGAGCGACGACGGCGACCUGAAUGCCCGUGAAGAGGACCUGGAGGACGAUUACGAUGAUCACGAUGUCCUUGGUGAGGGCGAGGAUGAUACCGAACACCAGGAGGUCGAGAUCAACGAGGUGGUACCAGCACCUGUCGACAAGGAGCAGUCACCGCAGCAGAGCGUCGUGGUUCAGCCAACCACAACUACCACCACAACGCAACUAGUCGAGACAGAGGUGAUAGAAGGGGUCAAGAAACAAGGGGGCGAUAUUGUUUUACCAACCCGUGAGGAAAUAUCGAACGCAGUCGCCACAGCAGUACAAGGACCUUCGGCGGCAGCAAUAGCAGCGGCAGAGGCAGCGAUCGCAGCAGCAGGAGCCACAGGAACCACCAAGGCGCUCCUGGUCGCAGUUCAAGAGAUCGCAUCAGCGUUAAUGUCCGAGUCGACCCAAAGAGAUAUCCCCCACAAGCGCGCCCCACGGAUAGGACCCCUCCUAGUCGCGGAUCUGGUCGAGCACCGCGUCAAGGAUAUGAUCAAGAGUCGGUUCACCUGGUCCGACCUGGGCCACUCGCGAUUCUUUUGUUUCCUCCCCAUCAUCCGAGGACCGACAGUUACUGUGACAAAGGCGACCAAGACGGGAAUUACUACGACAACGCAGACGGUGCCCAACUACGACGCCAAGAUUUACAGCGACACCAAGUUCGACUUUUUCUACAUCUGCGAUUGUGGCGAUAUUCCCGGAUUUGAGAACCGCUGGUUCCCGCACUGGAACAUCAAGGACGACGAGCACUACAUUGAGCACCACCAUAGUCGAGCCGCCGCUGAGAGUCUUUCCCAGCAGCAAAUCGACCUCAUGAUCCCGAUUGUAGGCGAGUAUGUCAUGGGAGUUCUGGAGAUCCUCAAGUACGGCCUCUACAUCGAGAAUGUCCUCAAGGUCCCUGCGCAGGCUAGCCCGGAUUCGCAGAAACGGUUGUCAUUGGCGAUCAAGUACCUCGAGUCCAAGGGGAUUAUGUCCUGCGAGAAGUAUAAGGCAGAGGCUUUUUCGGAUCCAGAGAGUGUUGUCUCUGCGUUCUCGCUGGAUGGUUUAAAGCCAAUUGCGCCACUGGAUAAGGAGGCGUCAAAAAAGUUUGAGGGCAUGCUGGUCCAACACCGCUGGGAGAAGUAUGACGAGAUGAACCCUUACAGGACAACGGCGGGCGAUACUCGAUGGGUGUGUCUGGCGCAUUGGUACGACAUGUCGCCGCAGAAGGAGUGGGUCCUCGCCAACAAGUUCUCCAACAACCCCUCAUCGACCAAGAGCAAGUACGAUACCGUUCAAGGAGUCUUCAGUGCCGAACUCACCAACAUCCAGCGGACGCGGGAGUAUUUCCAACUGGCAGAGCGGCUGACAACAACACCAAUGUUCCGGUUGAUGCUAAACUGGGAUCUGGCGCCAGAGGAGAUGGAUGAGAUUUCGGCUUCGCUUGGUCGACUCACGGCGGCGGGAGUCCUGGUGCGGGUCAAGAACACCAUUGGCAGUAUCGGUACCCACGGCAACCACCACAGCAGCGGCUCCGUUCUAGGCUUUGGGACACCAUACAUCCAGUUGGCUAUGGCUGCGCUGCGGAAUCCCAAGAUUGACAUUUUCAGGAUGAUCCAGCGUUUGCGGGAUGAUGAGACCGAGUACCCGAUAUACCACGAGCGCGACUUUUUGAAGGAGGCGAGUCUUUCGAUGGAUGGGCUGACAUACUUUUCGAGGGCGGCCAAGGAUGGGCGAGUUAAGGCAUCAAUCAAGGUCACGGAUAUUGAUCGGGCGGCCAAGACGGUCCGGGGUCUGGCCAAGGGGUUGCACCGGUUCUCGGAGUUGUGUCUGUCGAUCGAGUCUGUUUGGAAGGAGGUGACUAUCAAGUUUGCGGCGCCCGAUUCUGGAAAGCCUGGGUGCGAUGUCGAGGAUACGGACUAUAUCAACGGCGACAUGAGGACGUUCUUUGAGAAGCGCCAGGGAUGUGACGAGAUCAAGUACGACUGCUAUGGAAUGCCCGAUAACCGGUUCAUCGGAUUCAAGUGUCUUACUAAGGUCCGGAUCGGGUUCUCUCUUGCGACGGAUCUAACCAAACUGCGGGACAUUAUCAGUCUCAACAGGAACUUACGGGAGGUGGACUUGGAGAACAUGACCAAGGACGACCCGAGUCAAAUCUACGAAUCGUGCAAAGCUUUAUUGGCGAUCCACCCCACCAUCAAGUCUUUUGAGGUCCGUCAGCGCCAUAAGAACAAGACCCCUUCGUCGUUUGAGUGGAAGUACCCGAACGAUUCGGCCAAGAUGAGGGUGGCGAUUACCUGUUUCGAAGGUGACAAAGUCCAGGCGAUGUUCCAAAGGUAUGCCUCCGUCCUCGAGACAUUAUCGUUGGAGCAGAUCCAGCCGAGUGAUGCAACGGUGUUGGAGAAGUCGAUGCGGCCUAAGAAGAGGCCCAUGGUGCUGAGGAGGUUCUCGGUCAUGGAUGUUCAUCUGUUGGAUCCGGCUGUGAUUGAGGAUUUGAAGAAGAUUAUUUUGAGGAGUAAUUUUGAGGAUUUGACGGUUGCUGGGUCUGUGCUUGGGAAGCGGUCUGUUCCGGAUCAUGAGGCUGAUGCGGAGGCGUUGUUGGAGACGAGUAAGCGCGCUGGGAGACAAGGUGGCACCAGUAACAAGAGUAGCAGGAACAGUGGCAGCAAAUCCAGCAUCAACAGCAAUGGCAGCGCCAAUGGGAACAGUAACAGCAGCAGCGGCAACAACAAGAACGGCAAGGGUAGCAAAGAUACAGCAAUGGACGACAUGGCGUGCGCGAUGGUGUGGGGCGACUUUUUGAUGGCGAUCCGGUCCAAGCUGACGCACCUCUCGGUCUGGGGCAAGGGAACACAUCUGCUGUUGAAGAUCCUGGAUUCCCGGAUGAGCGAGUCGAUGGAGAUGCCAUUGCUGGACGAACUGUCAAUCUCGGGCGACUGGGAGCAGAGUCUUUUUGAGUGCCGCUGGAUGGAAGGCAUCCUCCGAUCGAAAUCCAAACAAGCUAUAGAAGCCUCCGCCGCAGCUGCUGCCGCCGGACUUUCAGCACCAGGAGCCGCCCCCGUCCUCACCCAACCGAUCAAACAACUCCAUAUCAUGGACCUAACUGUGAUGCCGGACGAAUGGGAAAAGAUGCUCAAGUACCUAGACUUUAGCAAGAUCACCCGCUUGGACGUCCGACAAAAGAACGCCAUUAUCCACAAAACCUACCAGUGGUUUGUUGAGGCCCUCCCCGCUGGCCAGAUGAAGAGUCGCUGCAGUAUAGCGAUCCAUGAUGAUGGAACGUUGGAUGGGGAGACGAUUCUGGCGUAUGAGGAGAUUAUAAGGGGGAAGGCUUGUGGGCAGAACGUCAUGAUUAUGGUUAAUGGAUACCAUAUCUUUACUUAG